UUUGGAAGUGAAAGUGUUUAGUUGCUAACGAAAACAAAAUGAAUGAGAUUCUAAUGCCGACGGACAUUUGUGCCAGCAUGGAGGAUAUGCAACUGCAUACAUGCAUUGAAAAAGCGCUGACCUGCUACUCCAGUGGUAAAGAGGACACCUUUGUGACCCUCCUGGAGGCAGGCAUUAAAAAGUGCACAACUCCGUACGAAUCCUAUAAAGAGGAUCUGGUCAGGGCCAAUAUCCUGCUGUCGGCCUUUUUAGCCAACAUGGCCUUCAAAGAGCACGGCGAACUGCGCACGGCCCUAGAGGCCAAGCUUGAAAAUAUUUUCAAGGCACUGAAGGGCUACAAGGGAUCUUGGGAUCUUAACCGCCAGUUAAUCAAGGGAUUCACCCUGAUGCUAACACCCAGCACGGCCCAAAAAGCAGAUACGUAUUUUGUCAACAUACUUAAACAGAAGUCAAACCAUAUUUUAGCCCUGAUUGGCCGUGGGUGCUUGGCAUUCGAUCGCCAGGACUACAUAGGAUCCCUGGGCUACUUUAAGAGCGUCCUGAUGGCAGAUCCUCGAGGAUCCGCGGAUGUUCGCGUAGGGAUAGCCCACUGUUUUUGGAGAAUGGGUGAUCUGAGCCGAGCCCGUCAAUUUUUCGAGAUGGCUUUUAAGCAGAAUAGCCGUUGUAACAAUGCCCGUAUUGGAAUGGCCAUUCUACAACUUAACCAAGGCGACGAACGUUCAUACAAUGAGGGUUUAUGUCUCCUCAAAGAGGCCUUCCAUAUUGAUAAACACCAUUCAAGCAUUCUAUGUAAUCUUGCAUCUCAUUACUAUUCUAUUGGCGAUCACCUGAUGGUGCUGAGAUUGGCUGGAAAUGCGAUUAUGUAUACGGAUGUCCCGGAGCUGCAAUCUCAACUUUGGUACCAGGUGGCCAGAAGUCAUCACGCCAGAGGAGAAUAUAAACUCGCUAUGAAAUAUUAUAUGAAUACCGUGGCUUUUGAUAUUAAAGGCUUUGUGCUUCCCUGUAUGGGACUCGCCCAACUUUUCCUGAGGGACGGCGAUUUCGACAAUGCCAAGAUCGGCCUGAGACACUUCCUCAGUUUUAUACCGAACGAGUCCAACGCAAAGCAACUCUUGGAGCGAAUUAAAGUUUACGAAAGGUCCAACAAGUCACGGAAAAAACUACCCGAAGAGGAUUCCAGUAAGGCCGAGGAAUGUGCCGAGAAAAAUCAGCAGGAUGUUGAGGGAGAUGGAGAUCAGGACUCCAAGGAGAGUACCGCCAAAGACUCCAGAAAGAGAGCUGCUACCAAAGAAUUGGAUACAAGUUUGGUUAAAGUACCAAAGUCAUCAUCAUCAUCAAAAUCUACAAGUUCUAAUGAUGACGUUAAUUUGGGAGAAGGCGAAAUAACAAAUCCCUAA